GCUCGGACGCGCUCAUUGCGGUUAAAGAGAAAGGACACCCCCACACCUCCCCUCGACUGCGUGCUCGCCACCCCUCAUUUUAGGUUAGAUGUGCGUGCGCGCAUCCCCACUAUGCCCCCUCCCCUCUAUUAUAUUACUGUAGCACUCCCUCGCCGUACACUCACUCCGUCGGUUUGCGAAUUCUGAAGGACUGAGAAGAUGGUGGCAGCGUCGGCAUUGUCGUCUUCACUCGGAUAGGUGAAGCUACUCGGCUACCCAUUGCGGUAUUCCCCGGACAUAAUGACUUAACUGCCUAUGGCCGGGCAACAGGGGGGAGAAUGUCAAAAAGGGAAGAGGACGAGUCGUAACCGUAUUAAAUGACAAGGGGACGUCUAAAAGCAGUAACCGGACCUGUGCUGAUUUGAGCGAAUAGUAAAUGUAGACGUCGCCUCUCUUUCGUCUUCACUCCGUGCGGUUGAAUUGAAGUCGCAGGACCAAGGAGACCACUUUUUUUCCCCACAAGACUCCCCGAGCCGAGGGAACGUGAAGGGGAGGGGAGGAUUUGCAAUUAGCCCGUUCUCCCCAUGCAGUUACAAUCCGUCUGUCUAAUGAAGGGGAUUGUGGCCUGGGAAAACUUUCGAUGCAACCGGGAAUCAUGAAGGAGCACGUCCGACAUAUCAACACUUUUAUACAUUUUUACCGGGAUGCUGUAUAGAAGUUUAGGCUGAUUAUUUCCUAUUUUUUCAGUUGGAUUUUACGGAAGCUUAGAGGUAAACAUUGAUAGCCUUCAAUACUAAGCCUUCAAGACCAGGACAUCUCCCACACCGUAGCCCUCCUUUUUAGGAACUGGGGAGACCAGCAGUGGAGAUCCGGAGAGGGAAUUCAGGAAAGGACGGUGCUCCGUCCAUGGAAAUACUGGCGAAUAGGCCCUCCCGUUGAAUUUGGACGGGGUGUGUGCAUUUUGGGCGAAAGGCGCCAGCUCCAAAUUUUAGUUUCUUCAAAACACCGCAACGAUGCCUUAGUACUCGCACUUGAACCUUCUGCCAAGUUUUAAGGUGUGUUGAGCAAGGUAAUGUUAAGCUCGCUCCCUGCACUUAGCCCAAAUCGAAUGGAAAUUUAUUGUGUUUUCUCGAAAUGUUAUACAUUCAGAGAGAAAGAAAACAGUUUUCUAAAGAUUUAAAAAAUGAUUAAUUGUCAACGGCAGUGUUUGCCAAAACUGCGCGGAAACAAAUAAACAACUGUAGGCUACCCAAGUCUACUUCAGCUUUGUUUACUGACAUAUAUAAAUUAACUUAGCUACUUACAUAAAUAACUAUGACUGGUGGGCUGAGACAGUAAGGCAAAAACAUAUGCCGUGUUCGCAAUUCCGGGAUUAAUACUUCGAUGCACUUUAUUAUCAGACGUUUCGGUGUGAGUUAUUUGAGCAGAAUAACAUUGUCUAGAAUCGUGAGGAGAGGUGGUUUACUGAGCGUAGUUAACUGGUCGAGCUGUCAACGACGUUGGCAUCGCAACAAAACCUCGCUUGGGGUGGUCGGUAGAGGUGAUACAAACUUUUCUAUGUUGUUUUAUUAAUAUUUUGUCUUAAUUUGUGUAAAGUAUGAGGAAAGGAGUUUUAAAACCUGCGUUUAAUUAUCCGGGAUUAGAGGAAAACUAGACUUGAAUUACUGCGACGUUACUUUCAGGCAAUGCACGAGCACUUGACGCAUUCGAGUGCUUCAAAACAGAGAGAGAAAGAGGAAUGUGAGGAUUGACGUCAUGAGGUGGAAUAAUGAACUACUCAAGUAUCUGGAAGGAUCCUAGAGCGUGAGCGGGCCGUUUACGCUGCGCAAGAGUUUUUUUUUCUUAAUCAACUUUUUUUAUUUAUCUUUUUUCUCUCCUGCCCCUUUUCAUUUUGAUAUCCAUCCGCUUUCUACUGUGCAUAGUUCGGACGUAGCUGAACAACAGGCCAGCCUACUGUGGGGACUUAAUCUUGGAGUUAUUCCGGUGAGCCUGUGCUCCUGGUGUCGCGUAACGGAAACAUGGCAUCACCGCAGCACCAGCAGCUCCUGCGCAAUACGGAGGCGAGCUGCGACUCCAGCGGCGAUGGCGCAGUGUCGGUGCGGAUCAGCGGCGCCAAGCCGCAGAAGCAGCAGCACCCUCACGGCGCCGGGAGCACGGGCUGCGGGGGUGGCGCCGCUGGGGGGUCGAAGCGCUGCAAGUACAGCAUUUCCUCCAGCUGCAGCUCCGGGGAGUCUGGCCUGCGGAGGACGGCGGUGAAGGGGCUGAGGCACCACAGGAAGGUGCCCCAGCUUUUCGAGAGGUCGGCAGCGCAGUUCUGGGACCCCGGGUUCGACUCGCCCAUCCUGGAGGAGGCCUGCCGGGAGCGCUGCUUCCCGCAGACGCAGCGCCACUUCCGCUACGUCCUGUUCUACCUGUCCGCCGCCAGCUUCCUGUGGGGCGUGUACUUCGCCGCCAACCCCGCCCGCUGCGACCCCGUCGCCUUCCUGGUGCCCACCGCCUCCUUCCUCCUCUUCUGCCUCCUCCUCUUCCUCUUCACGUUCACCCGGCUCUACGCCCGCUUCUACAACCAGGCCUGCCUCUUGCUCAUCCUGGCCACCUUUGCGCUCACCCUGGCCCCGCAGGUGCAGACCUCCGGCUUCGGGGACCUGGAGGUUCCCCCCUCGGAAGAGGACGGCGUCGUCGCCUGGGAAACGGGGAACGCGACCCUCGCCGGCGCCCCCUCGGCGGACGGCCCCCGGGCCCCCUGCCUCUCCCCCGUGGGCACGUUCUCGCUCUGCAUGGAGGUGCUGCUGCUGCUGUACAGCAUGCUGCACGUGCGCCUGUACGCCUCCGUGCUGCUGGGGCUGCUGUACUCGACCUCCUUCGAGGCGCUGGGCUGGACGCACCUGGCCCCCGGCGGCCCGCGCGUCCGCGACUCGGACUGGGAGACGCUGGGCUGGCUGGCGCCGGCCCGGGCCCUGCUGCACCUGUGCGCCCACGCCAUCGGCGUGCAGCUGUUCCUCAUGUCCGAGGUGCGGUCCCGCAGCACCUUCCUGAAGGUGGGCCAGGCCAUCAUGCACGGCAAGGACCUGGAGGUGGAGAAGGCGCUGAAGGAGCGCAUGAUCCACUCCGUCAUGCCGCGCCGCGUGGCCGACGAGCUGAUGAAGCAGGGCGACGACGAGGGCGAUGCCUCCGGCAAGCGCUACUCCACCCACGGCGCCGCGGGCGGGGGCCCCGUCUGCUCGGCCGCCGCCGCCGCCGCCGCCGCCUCCUCCUCCAGCCCCAAGGGCAACAAGAGGAAGAAGACCUCCAUCCCCCGGGGGCAGAUCAUCUUCCGGCCCUUCAACAUGAAGCGCAUGGAGCCGGUCAGCAUCCUGUUCGCCGACAUCGUGGGCUUCACCAAGAUGAGCGCCAACAAGUCGGCGCACGCCCUGGUGGGGCUCCUCAACGACCUCUUCGGCCGCUUCGACCGGCUGUGCGAGCUGACGCGCUGCGAGAAGAUCAGCACGCUGGGCGACUGCUACUACUGCGUGGCGGGCUGCCCCGAGCCCCGCGCGGACCACGCCUACUGCUGCGUGGAGAUGGGCCUGGGCAUGAUCCAGGCCAUCGAGCAGUUCUGCCAGGAGAAGCGGGAGAUGGUGGACAUGCGCGUGGGCGUGCACACGGGCACCGUGCUCUGCGGCAUCCUGGGCAUGAAGCGCUUCAAGUUCGACGUGUGGUCCAACGACGUCAACCUGGCCAACCUGAUGGAGCAGCUGGGCGUGGCCGGGAAGGUGCACCUGUCCGAGGCCACCGCCGGUUUCCUGGACGACCGCUACCACCGCGAGGACGGGCGGGUGACCGAGCGGGUGGGGCAGAGCGUGGUGACGGAGCAGCUGAAAGGAUUGAAGACCUACCUGAUUUCGGGGCGGAGGGUGGACCCCUCCCAGUGCAGCUGCUCCCAUCUGUGCUCGGCCGGGCCGGACCACGGGGGGGCCCUGAGCCUCCCUCCCCGCACCCGCACCCCCGACGUCCCGGCCGCCUGCAACCUCCACGACCCCCCUGACAGGGCCAAGGCUCCCUGCGCCUCCUGCAGUGUGCUCCUGAUUCCGGGGGAGGAGCAGCUGGGGGAGGAGGGGGCGGUGCAGAACGGCUGUCAGGACGAGCACAAGACCAGCAGCAGCAAGGCCCCCUUAGGGCGGAGUCCCAAGGCCUUGAACGGGCUGCUGAGCCCUCUAGUGGAGGAGUCGGUGACCCGCAGCCAGACCUCCCUGUGCGAGAUGCUGCAGGAGAAGGAGAAGAACUGGGGCGGGGCCGGGGGCGGGCGAGGGGGCGUGGCCUCCAUGGAUCACUCCGCCCUCAUCCCGCUGCGCUCGAAGAACUUCCGCGAGCGGAGCGACGCCCACUUUGUUGACGUCAUAAAGGAGGACAGCCUGAUGAAGGAUUACUUCUUCAAGCCUCCCAUCAACAAGCUGGGCCUCAACUUCCUGGAGAAGACUCUGGAGUCGGCCUACCGGAAGAGCUACCAGGAGGAGGUGGACCUCCAGGCUCCAGUGCAGACUGUGGCCAGUCCCUUGUUUAGCUCCCUGCUGGACGUGGCGGUGUCCUGCGCCGUGUUCCUCGUGCUCACGCUGGCCUGCUUCCUGCGGCCGCUGCUCACCGGCCUGACUCCGCCCCCGCCGACCCUCGCCCUCGCCGCCGGCGCCGCCCUGCUGGAGCUCCUGUCCCUGGUGCUGUCUGUCCGCAUGGCCUUUUACCUGGACCGCAUGCUGCGCUGCACCCACGCCGUCCUGCGGGCCGUCUCCGCCUGGGUCCCCCGUCACGUGAUCGGAGCCGUCCUGGUGUCCCUGCCCGCCGUGUCCGUCUUCUCCCACGUCACCUGCGACCUGCACCUCUCCAUACAGUUCGCCAUGUUCCUCUGCUGCGCCUCCAUUAUCGCCAUCAUCCACUACUGCAACUUCUGCCACCUCUGCUUCUGGAUGCGGUCCGUCCUGGCCACCGUGGUGGGAGUCGUGCUGCUCGUCCUGCUCUACAACCCCCUCUGCAGUUCUGAUGGAUUUUUGGAUCUCUGGUCAGGCAACCGCACCGACCCCACAGAUUCCCCACCGGUGUCCGAGCCGGUGCCACGCCCGCAGGACCUGCUGGGCCUGGAGGCCAUCCUGGCCUUCUUCCUGCUGCUCCUGCUGGUCUGGUUCCUCAACCGCGAGUUCGAGAUCAGCUACCGGCUGCACUACCACGGCAACGUGGAGGCGGACCAGCACCGCAUCAAGAUCCAGAACAUGCGGGACCAGGCGGACUGGCUGCUGGGCAACAUCAUCCCCAUGCACGUGGCCGAGCAGCUGAAGGUGACGCAGAGCUACUCCAAGAACCACGACAACGUGGGCGUCAUCUUCGCCAGCAUCGUCAACUUCAGCGAGUUCUACGAGGAGAGCUACGAGGGCGGCAAGGAGUGCUACCGCGUGCUCAACGAGCUCAUCGGCGACUUCGACGAGCUCCUGCGGCAGCCCGCCUUCGCCAACAUCGAGAAGAUCAAGACCAUCGGCGCCACCUACAUGGCGGCGUCCGGGCUGAACGCGCAGCAGUGCGCGGGGGACCCCGCCCGGCCGCACGGGCACCUGCGCGCCCUCUUCGACUUCGCCCUGGAGAUGAUGCGCGUGGUGGACGACUUCAACAAGAACAUGCUGGGCUUCCAGUUCAAGCUGCGCAUCGGCUUCAACCACGGCCCGCUGACGGCCGGCGUCAUCGGCACCACCAAGCUGCUGUACGACAUCUGGGGCGACACGGUGAACAUCGCCAGCCGCAUGGACAGCACCGGCGUGGAGUGCCGCGUGCAGGUGAGCGAGGAGAGCUACUGCGCGCUCAGCAAGAUGGACUACGAGUUCGACUACCGCGGCACCGUCAACGUCAAGGGCAAGGGUCAGAUGAGGACCUUCCUCUACCCCAAGAGCGCCGACAGCGGGCCCGUGCCGCAGUACCAGCUGUCCGUCUCGCCCGAGAUCCGCGUGCAGGUGGACGGCAGCAUCGGGCGCUCGCCCACCGAGGAGAUCGCCAGCAUGGUGCCCGCCGUCACCCCCGCCGCCAUCGCCGUCACCCCCGCCGCCAUCGCCGUCGCCGCCGCCGGAGACCUGGGGCCCGUCAUCGGGGUCCAGGGGCAAGAGAGUGGCGCUGCCCCAGCCAGCGGGAAGCCAGAGGGCAGGGAGGAUGUGAGGGGGCCACCUAGAGUCAUGGGAUCCACCCACGUUCCCGCCCCUGUCCCCGCCCCCACAAUCAGCCCCGCCCCCAAUCCUGACUCCAGUGCAGGGGCUGCCCAGGCGGCCCCAGUGGCACAAGCCACGCCCAUCUCCCCUGCCCCUGCCCCACCAUCUGCCCCUGUCCAGACUGCGUCUCUCAGGUCUGGGGUGAGUCAGGGCCAGGAGGAAGAUGAGGAUGAGGAUGAGGAUGAGCUGGGCGAGCUGACAAAACUGUGAGCCUCAGGAGCGGUGCUUCAGUGUGGCUCCUUCGCCAACCCUUUAAUGCUGAAUCACGCAGCCUGGGUGGGCCACCCCUCGGGAAAAGUGUGUGGGGAAGAGCGUGUGUGUGUGUGUGAGGGUGUAUGUGUGUGUGUGCGGGUGUGGAUGUGUGUGUGUGCAGUCGUGUGCAUGUCUAACAGGGGUACACCAAAAAGCUCCAAACACACACACCUUCUGGAAGAGAGAGCCCAGGGAGGCAGGUGUCCCAGGGCUAUGCUGGCGUUUGGUAGACGCUUCGUUCUCUUAAACGAUCAUCCGUGGGGUGAGGUGUGUGUGUCGAAGUCAGAGACUUUUGCUGGUGGGUGGGGUACAGGUGUAUGUUCGGCAUUCAGCUGUUCCCGGCCCACAAUCCUCUUGAACUGCGCCAAAACAUUAGAGCUUGUUGCGUUUAAUCCUUGUCAUACUUUUUGCCUUUCUUAUUUGGUUUGUUUUAAGUGCCUUCAGGAUGAAUUAAGAGAACAACUUUCUCAGUCUCAGAUCAUGAAAGAGACGUAAGAUUUACUAAGAGGGGAAAAAUAAGAACAAAACACAAAGGGCAGACUCAAAGAUCUUCGCACAUCUUUUUUAGACUACGGAUGAAGCUGUGCUUAGUAUUAGAACUUUUAUUUUGCCUUUUUUUCCCCGCCUGAUGCAAUCAUUGUUUUCCCUUUUGAGGGAGGAGGCUCUGAAGUGACAGGGAUACUGUACCUCUCUGUCCAAACUCACCAUCCGCAUUCCCAGGGUCACAGUGUCUGACACUAACACAGGUCACGCACAACCUUUUCUCACAACUGACAACAAAGGGAAUAUAUUUAAGGCCUGUGUGUAUGUGUAUGUGUGUUUGUGUGUGUGUGUGUGUGUGUGUGUGUGAGAGAGAGAGAGAGAGAGAGAGAGAGGAAGUUUGUCCAUGAUUGUGCAUGUGCUUGCUUAAACCAGUAAUACACAGAUUUCCAACUAAUGAAAUAGUGGGAUGAAUGCAGUAUUUUGAUGUUUGUGACAUUGUGAUGGCUUGGUGUGGAUAUGCGCUUGCCUCUCACAGCAGUGCAGUGGAACCUCCUCUGUACCUAGACCCCUCAGCCAAUCACAGCGGUUGGCCAAUGCACGUGCCACAAUGAAUGUUGCCAUUAGCGUCAGGCAUGCUACAGCAAUAGCCGACAUUACAAAUGGAGUUCAGGAUAUCAAAAACGGAACUGAACCCUUAAAAUGCUACUUAAGAGGUUGAUGGUGGUUGGGCUGUUUCUGGCCACUGGCUUCCUCCUUAGAUACAUUCUGCUGAAACAGGCGGUGGAGGUUUACUCUUGUGGAGAAAGCUGAAAAGGCAUUUUGACAGCCGUUGACAGUUGAAAGGCUGUUUUGAAUAGGGUGCCGUGUGACUGAUGAUGUGUGAAAUGUGCAACAGUGUCAACAUGGGGCACUUGAAGUUAUCAGGAAAGAUGUUUGAAUAGAGAGCCAGGUUUGUGGCGUGUUGAAGGGGAAGGAAAAACUUCAUGGAUGAGCACAAGUGAGUUCCUACUGGAUCUCUGUUGCCUGUGGGAUUGUGAUUUUUAACAUACGUAACAGGCUGUUAAACAGAGUUAAACAGAGCACGGGGUGGUGGGAGGGGGAUGGUUGACGUUUCUGACUAUUCCCACAUUGCCGCACGCUUCUGUGUGUGAAUAAAGUUUGAUGUAAAAUGUGUGCCACAGCAGAACAGAUGGAUCCCCUGAGUAAAUCCAGGUCCACUAUGUGACCCGAAAUCAACACCUGAUGCAUGGCAAUCCAUCUUUUAUGGAACCUACAGUACGUGCCAUGCUGGCUUUGCAAUUGGACGUUUUCCUCUGGGGCAUAAAGUCUUAUCCAAUCAGUGCUUGUUUUUGAUGGAGGUUCUUCAGUACUGAUGUUCUUACAGUGUCCCCUUUUACAUGAAUUAUCAACAGGCAUAGUACAAUGUUGUUUAGAGAUUGGUUUAAAUGUUUAAUUUAAGUAAACAUUUUUUAUGCUGAAAGGGUUUUUUUCAUAUAAUAUUGGGACAGAAUAAAUUACUUAGUUUAGUUGUACAUACUCCUGGAGUCUCUCGAAAUAUACCCUGCUGUGUGAAUGUAUAUUUUUUUUUACACAGGUAAUCAUUUCCUCUGUUUCUUUCUGUAUCUUUCUCUUCAUCUAUCACUGUGAAAGGGCUGUGUGCUCAGGGUUGAAGUUCAACCCUCACCCCUUACGGCUGGGCUGCUUGCCUUUCUUACGUCUCCUGCUGUCAAUCUUGAUUUUCCUUUCUCUUUCUUUAUUUGACAGUUUGGAGACAGGGGGUAUGCAGGCUUAUGUGUCGUAGUUAUUUUGUCUCAGUCUCUGAUAUUUCUGCUCCAAACUGAUUCGCUGGGUUUCACCAAGCUCCACGUGGGGUGCAAAGACCCCUCUUCAAGUUAAUUACCUGGAAACAGAAACCAGCUACUUAAAAGUAGUUGGGGGUCACUUAAAUUUGUGCCAAAUUUAACUGCCAGAUUGAGUACAAGAAUCCAGGAGCAGAAAAAAUACUUGAGCACUGACAGGCAGUAUUAGUAAGUGGUAACAACUGAUUAUGGCACACACACGUGAAGACCAGCAAUGUUUGAAUCAGAACGAUUGUGGUUUGUGAUUGUGGCAAAGUUCAGCAACCUUCACUUAUAGCUCUGAGUGGAACGUAUUCAGUUAUGCUUUGCUCAGAACAGGUCAGUGAUAUACACUGCAAAGAAGUAUUAGUGCCUUUUUCAAUCAUAUAUUAAUAUAUAUCUUGUCAUGGUUGUUAUUUUUGUUCGAGUCUUGAUUUUUGGUCCCAUCUUGGAAAUUGUCCUUUUUUUACAUUUUUGUACAUUUAUAGUAUUUAUUACUUGCAUAAAUGCUGUUUUUUUUCUUCUUUUUUGCUCUAAAUCUUUUACUGUGCAUUUUAUAUGAAUUGGUGUACUGUGCCUUUUAUAAAGAAUAUUUGGCUUUGAUGAAAGAAAAGUUUAAAUUUCAAAAUAUAGUUGCACUGUGCACUCUCUAAUUAUGGUGUGAAUGUGUGUGUGUGUGUGUGUGUGUGUGUGUGUGUGUGCGUGCAUGUGUGCGUGUGUUGUGUGUGUGUGCAUACUGAUAUUGGCACACCGCAGUAAUGUAUUCCAAAGCCAAAUUAAAAACAAAACUGAACAGUAUUACACAUAUUCAUGAUGAAUAUUUAUAUUUUGGUUUUGCACAGGAUUAACAUUGAUCAAGGGGGUGGGGCAGACAGGUUAUUAUUUGAAGGUGCAAUAUUGUGGCCCUUACAUUGGAGGCAAGCAGACAUAUCUUAAAAAAGGAAAAUAUGUAUUGUGUGGAGGCUAUGCUGACAACCUAUGAGCACACCGCCCUUACUGUAUCCCUGAAUCCUGCACUGUGAUUCGACAGUGAGAAGGAACCAAUCGGAGAGGAACAGGACUGGGGCAUGUGUUCUGGCAACUGUCGCUUUUUGAGGAAUAGCAAAGAGGGACCGACCCUUAUGUAACACAGCACAAAGCACAGGCACUUGCGUUCUCAUUGGUUGCAGGUAGUAUACCUGCGCUGUAGUCCUGUGCUAAAGCACAGGUAUAAUUAAUGAGAGCGGUGACAUUCAGGCAGUUCUUUGAAGUGGAGUCUCUCCCUCCUCUCUGCAGGUUUGUGGAGUGUUGCUGAUUUUAGAGGUUUCACGUUGAUCGCCUCAUUGUUGGGGAAAUGAAAAGCCAGCACUCUCUCACCUGUUACUCGGAAUGUUGAUAAUGACAUGACAGCCAAUGGGGAGGGGAGGGAUCACAAAGAUAAACAGUACAGUGUGGGCACAUAGAUUUGCCAUAAUCGCAUAUUAAUAAUCGAGACCGUCCACAGAAGGUUGUUUUUUUUGGUCUUUUUUCUUCAUGCUCCAGGGUUUGUUGCUGAGUUCUGGGGAGUUUGAGUUCUGCUCGGGACAAUCAGAACAGCAGCCGCUAAACAGGCUGCUUCUCACGCGACACCUCGUCACGUCUGACCCCCCCCCCCCCCAUCCCCUCCUCUGUGCUUCACCAUCGCCUGUACUUUUCUGUGUUUUCACAAAAUGUCAUUUAGUAUUUCUUUUACAGUGUUAUUUUGUCUUCUCUGUGG